AUCCUCUGAUCUGAUCUGAUCUUUGUUAGGUGGCAGGAAAAGGAUGGAUCAUGCUCUUUUUCGGCUCAGUGGCUGCUGAUCGAUGAGUAGGGAUGCGUAUCUGAAGGCUCUACUGGUAACUGGCUUAUUCUUAACAUUCAUGCAUAACCUUUUUCUCCGUAGUAGCACCAAAAAUCAUCAUUCGACGAAUUUGCGUUUCAUUUCAUAUUCUAAUUUCUUUGAGCUUGGAGCUUGAUUAGAUCUGAUUAAGCUCCAAUUUUCAGGCAUAAAGGAUAUCCGUUUGUUUUCGUAAUGACACAUUCGAAGAGUCUGAGUACUGCAUCUGUUUGUUUUUGUGAUGACACAUUUGAAAAAGUCUCUCCAUUUAUUCGACUAGCCCUCGGAAAUUAGUAAUUUGUGGACAAGUUCUGUUUAAACGGCAGGUGAAAAAUAUGAAAUGGCAUUUAAUCACUGGUCUCACCGUUUCCUCAUUUUUGUAUUGCGCGCGUCCCCAACCUACCAUUUUGAGCAAUCAGAGAGGCUGUAUAUAUACGGUCCUCUGACGACACAAAAUCCUAUCAUUCAAGUCCAAAUUGGAAGCACAAAUUUUGCAAUCAGAGCCCACCUUUGCUUUUCCUCUCUCUUAACCCUGUCUUGCUCUCCUCUUUUCUCUUCCCUAUGGAUUUUCAAGAUUCAACAUAUGAGACUCCUCUAGCAGUAACCGCCCCAGUUCCUGGUAAUGAAGGUCUCGGUGGUGGCAAUGCACCAGUUGCUGUGACAACACUCUUUGGUUAUGAUUGUUAUCACGUACAAUCCACCACAAGGACACCUGGUAGUACCAGAGGUAAUGAUGGUGAUGGUGGCAACAAAAACUUAUAUACUAAAGUAUCUCGGGCAAAUGCGGUCAGCAAUCGAGGCAAUCAGGGGCCAUCAACCGCUUCAUCAUCAGAAAAUGCAAGUAGCGAUGGUGGUGAUCAAGGGUCAUCCAGCGCCCCUGCACCUGCAAGUGCAAGAGGCAAUGGAGAUCAAGGACCAUCCAGUUCCAUGGUGCCAGCAAAUGCAGGUGGUGGUGUUGGUUACCAAAGGCCAUGCCCUGGCAUAUUACCUUCAAACGCAAGCUGUGAUGGUGGCCAUCAGGGACUAUCCACUGCCACAGUAUUGGCAAGUGUGAGAAGUAGUGGCAGCAAUGGCCCUCGAAGACUGCCUGAUCUAGAACCAGGUUUUAGAUUUUGCCCCACUGAUGAUGAACUGGUCUUGUAUUAUCUCAAGCGUAAAGUCUUGGGCAAACCCUUUCGGUGUGAUGUCAUUACCAGCUUGAAUAUCUAUGCCCAUCAGCCAUGGGAUCUCCCAGAUAAGGCGGCAAUAAAAUCCAUGGACCUAGAAUGGUUCUUCUUCACUGAACUGGACAGGAAGUUCAAAAGUGGAGACAGAGUGAACCGUGAUACUGGGAAGGGAUUCUGGAAAACCACAGGAAAUGAUCGGGUGAUCACACACAAGGAGCGGACAAUCGGGCUGAAAAGAACUCUCGUGUAUCACAGUGGGUAUAAGCCUGAUUUUAAGCGGACAGACUGGGUGAUGCACGAGUUCAGGCUGUCCAAGCAAGAGCUUGAAAGAAUUGGCUUGAAAGUGUGGCUGAAUAGUGGCUUUCCCUUUUUCUGGGUGAAGGACACAUAUGUCAUGUGCAGAGUUUUCCAUAAGGAGAAAAUUGGAGCCCCAACCAAGCCCAUGUUUGCACCCUUCAUUGAGGAGGAAUGGGAUGAUGCACGAAUCGAGAGUUUAAGAGAAGAGAACAUGCCUGAAGUAAAUGGAAAUGGCACCGGGAAGAAACAUAUCCACAGUCCACGAGAAGAAACUGCAGAACAAUUUAUGACUGAAGCACAUGCAAGGGGCUCUGAAAAUGAACAAGUUGAGAAUCCAAGGGUAGGGACUGCAGAAGAUCCUAUGCGUGAUGAAAAUGGAAAUGACAACGAGAAUGAACGAACAGGCAAUCUGAGGGAAGAGACUUCGGAACAGCCUAUGCAUCAAGCAAGUGAAUACAGCACUGAGGAUGAGAUGGAAAUAGUCACCCUGGAGGAUCCUCUCCCAAAAAACAACGACCUCCCAGCAGAGGCUAAACCUCCUGAGGAUUGUCCUGGAGGAGAUCCCAUCAAUAUGGAAGCCGUAGAAGAUCCUCCAGUCAUCAACGAGAAGAGGCUUGUUGAUUUGAAGGAGUUUGAUUUGAAUGUGGCACCCAUGGAGGGUAACAUAAUGAACCUGGCUCAGGAUCCUCCCCCGGCCCCUGCAGCAACAGCAGCACCACCAGCAGCACCAUUAAUGCCGAUGGUGAUGGAAAUCGAGCAAGGGGGGCCUUCAAAUCCCAGGCCUGCAUUCUACAGGCCUGCUCCUGAACCUCCAGUGCAUCCACAAUGUAUGAGUUUUGUCAACGGGCUGCAGGAGCAGUUCUACAAGGCAGCUUUGGAGAAGGAGGAGCUGAAGCUCGAGACGGUCCGCCUCCGGCAGAUGCUCAGCAAUGUCCACGUGAGAGCCGACCAGCUGGCCAAGGAGAACGAGGCUCUCAGGAAGAAGCUUCAGGAAGUCUCAGCCUUCUUCCGUUGAGGAAUUCAUCCCUGACGUUCGGUUUUUGUAGGAUCAUUUUCCAUCCUGUGUUCGACCCUUUCGAAGUCAUUUUAUUUUCCCAUCAUAAUUGUAAUCAGAAGCUUGGCUAUUGAUUGUCCAUCAGCUAGCUAGACUUCCUAUCCAGCUUUCAAUUUCAAAACAUGUUAGGACUAUUAUUGAUGAUUGAUGCUCUUGUUUCCAUGGUC